CUUCGUCGUCACUACGCAUGCACCAAACAGAUAGGGGAGAAAGAUGGACGACAGGAGUGUCUGUACUCCGCUGUUUGCGGAGUCAGACGCUCAAAAUAACACUACUAGUACCCCUCACGCGGCUUCUGUUACAGAUGCUGAUAAAGUAAUAAACACUAAAAUAGAUAGUUCCCAGGUUGAAGGAGACAAGAGUGAAGCGGAGCUCCUGAAGGGUCUCCUUACCGAUGACUACUGCCAUGUGUGUGAGGCUGUGCUGCUUUUUGAAUCUCAGCGGCUGUCCCAUUAUGAGGGAAAGAAACAUGCUCAGAAACUGAGGGUGUACUUGCAGGCCAAGAGAGCUGAGAAGAUGAACAAAGAGUCCACAGGGCCUCAGCGGACUAUGACUACAGACAAGGACCAUUUCUGUGAGCUGUGUAACAUGGUGUUUAGUUCCCCCGUGGUGGCAAGAUCACACUAUGAAGGCAAAGUCCAUUCAAAAAAUCUCCGUAAACAAGGUCUUCAACCCCCAGCCAUAGACAGGUACACAGAGGUGAAUACUUUGCAAAGUCAGGAUUCUGAUAAUGCUGAAAAGAAAUCAGCUCCAGAGGGUAGUGUGGAGCAUCUUGUUGACUCAGCCACAGCAACUACCCCCAGCACAGAGGUUGAUCUGAAGGACCCUAACAAGUACUGUGUCCUGUGUGCUGCUACCUUCAACAAUCCCCAGAUGGCUUUGCAGCACUACAGUGGACGCAAACACCAGAGGAAUCAGACUAGACAGGAACUGCUCAAAGAGCUUGGAGACGAUGUUCAACAAGCCAAUUCCUUGAUGUGUCAGAUGUGUGGUGUGCAAUUUAAUUCAGUGGAGAUGUACAAGGCCCACAUGCAGGGAAACAAGCACCAGAUUAGGGAGAAGAAGGUCAUUGACCUGUGCAAAUCCCAACAAAAAUCCUAUAGCACUUUUACAGAUGAGCUAUCAGAUUACAUCCAGAUCCAGAAGGCUCGUGGAAUCACCCCAAGACCUCAAGUCCUUCCUGGGGCUGAGACAGGAAAGGAGGAUGAGGAAGCUGAAGAAGAGGAGGUAUUAAACAAGGGAGAUAUCAGAGAACUGAACAAACCUAAGCCAAACUUUCCUCCCACUUACAACCGUCCUCAUCACUCACGCUUUGGUCGUUACAACCCAGCUGAAGGGUGGGGUCCUCUUUAUCAGGGUGGUCCUUGGCCAUCCCAUGGUUUGGAUUCCAACUGCCCUCCUUCUGUCCUGCCGGGCUCAUGCUCUCCGCUGUUCACAGGUCAAUCCAUAAAGAAAAGGAGACGCAGAAAUCAAUCAAGCUCCUCCUCAUACAGUACCUCAUCAUCCUACUCCUCUUCCUCCUCGUAUUCCUCCUCCUAUAGCAGUAGCAAUAGUGACAGUGAUGAGUCUGAAUACAGGCGCAGAGAACAGAGGAGUGUCAGAAGAUCCAGGAGAGAGAGAGACAAGAGGGCAAGAAAUGAGGACUCAGACAAAGAAGAGAAAAGGAGGAAGCGACAAAAGAGGGAAAGAGAUAUGGAGUCAAAGGAGAGGAGAAGAGGGGAAUCUGGAGAGUCAGAGGAAGACAGGAGGAGAAAAAAGCAAAAAAAUCAUAGCAAGCAGAGAAGACAAGAUAAGAAAUCCCGCAUGGAGGACUUGGAGCCAGUGGGAGGAGAAAGGGUGGUGGACAGUGUAAUGCCAGAAAACAUGAUGGACAAUAGAAAAGGGACUGAAAUUCAUAUUGAGCAAUGGGAUGGUGGACAGGAUGGGCCUGCCAAACCCAAAUACAGGAAAGAGAAGAAGAAAAUGAAAGAGAAAGCAGAUACAAGGACAGAGGAGGAGAAACUAUGGGAUGAUUCCAUUCUGGGCUUUUAAACUCAAAAUGCACAGUUUAACUUUGUUUUAUGGACUGCUGACAUUAACAUGAAGUUAACAUAGGCAUGACAUUGAAAUUCUCAAAAUUGUUUUCAUGAAAAUAAUCUUUAUAGCCAUUAACAAGGCAGUUUUCGCUGUCUGCUCUGACAGCCUUAAGGUGUUGUUCCUCUGUAGGUGUGCUAGCUGGCUAGCCAUGUGUAGUCAAUUUGUGUUUCUAAAGAAUGAAUGGAAUUUUCUUAUUUCACUGUCUUUGGACAGGUUUUCACAACACUUACAAAUAGCUUUAUUUUUCAUUAUGACACUUAACAUGCAUUUGAAUUAAUUUAUUUGCACAUUUUUGUUUGUUGGCUUUUAUUUUUUUGAUUGCCAUUUCAAAGCAUCAAGAAGUCGUCUUGACCUCUUGACACACGAGUAAGUUAAAUUGUGUUUAAUUAUGCAGCUGUGACUCUGCCAGGUAUUUAAUCCAUUGUGAUCCCUUUAGCAGCCUGUGGUUGGCACUGUUGAGCUUCAUUCAGAGCAUCAGUAAAGCAGAUAAAAGCCCAUAGAUGUUAGAAGCUCAGUCAUUUCAUUUCUUUUGAAGUGCUGUGUGCUUUCGGUGUGAGGCACAUAGGCCGAAAGAAGACUGUGACAGAUGUAGGUGUGUUCUGUAACAAAUUAUGAGCAUGUUGUACGCACUGCAGUUCAUCAGAACUAUUUAAAAAAACAAACAUAAAAAAACAAUACUGA